AUGAACAUGAAUGAACUGGAGCCAAGGAAGAAGGCUAAGCUAGACAGCGACUACUCUCAUAAAGAGAGCACUGAAGAAGGGGUAAAGGUCACAGCGCCUUUAACGGUGGACAAAUUUACAUUCCAUCAUGUUCUCGGAGAAGGUGGCUUUGGAAAGGUGAUGCUGGCAACAGACUCCAUACGGAAAGAACGUGUUGCCAUCAAAGCAGUAAAAAAGAGAUCAGCGCUAUGGUGGUCGUCAGGAUUAGAAGAAGGCGAAUUCCUGCAGAUUGCUCAGGAGAGCAUCUUUCUGGUUCACGGCUAUGGAGCUUUUCAUACUCAGAACUACAUCUACUUCGUCAUGGAGCUGGUCACUGGCGGGACUCUCUAUGACUUGGUUGAAGAGAGACAAUGGCUAAGCCUCUGCACCAUAAGAUUUCUAGUUGCAGAGAUGGUAUGCGGAAUACAGUUCCUCCAUUCCAAAGGCAUCGUUCACAGAGACCUGAAAGCCGAUAACAUCCUCUUGACUACAAAAGGCCACAUUAAGAUCACAGAUUUUGGUCUUGCUAUCAGAGUCACAAGAGAAGGAGACAUUCACGGGAGCCCUGCACCAGAGAAGAUCACUGGUGAGCCGUAUUACGCUGCAGAAGACUGGUUUUCUUUAGGCGUAAUUACCAACGGUUUGGUAACCGGCUGUAGACCUGCAGAGACGGUUGCACAAGUCACUGACAUGGUCCAAAAACAAGAAACAUCUAAAAACUUUGACCAUGCUGCUAAAGACUUGUUAACUGGGCUCCUGUGCAAGGACAAGUCUCUAAGAUUAGGGAUGAGAGGCAACAUACGUGAGCAUACCUUUUUCUCUUCAAUUAACUGGGAUGAACUGGAAUCAGGAAAAACAGAGUCACCACUCAAAAUCAGUGAAGACACCAUGGAAGAGUAUGUGACAAGGCAGAUAUCGGUACCACACAGUGAGGCUGAGAAGAAGCAGCCAAUCAUGAACCAAGAGCUGUUCGAGAAGGUCUCAUUUGUCUGUCCAGCUUGGAGUGCACACUACCACACUGCUCCAAUGCACCCAGACCCUUAG